AAAAUUGACUUCAACUUUCAAAUUGUAUAUAAGUAACCUCCUCCAUCCACAGCCCAUGUCGACCAACCCUUCUUACUCUUCCCCUUUAUCUCUGUCUUCUUGGGUCAGACUGUAACUCAUAAAAUGGAUAGAAUUCUCAUCUUCUUGAUGGGGCUUGUUCUGUUAUGGGGAGCUACAGCCACAGCAGAAGCAGAAUACCUGAAAUAUAAAGAUCCAAAACAGCCCUUAGGUGUUCGGAUAACUGACUUGAUGAAGAGGAUGACAUUAGAGGAAAAAAUUGGCCAAAUGACUCAGAUUGAACGCAGUGUUGCUUCCACUCAAGUGAUGAAGAACUAUUUCAUUGGCAGUGUGUUGAGUGGAGGAGGGAGUGUGCCAGCUAAACAGGCUUCUGCAAAAACUUGGAUUAAAAUGGUGAAUGAUUUUCAAAAGGGUUCUUUAUCAACCAGACUAGGAAUUCCUAUGAUUUAUGGGAUUGAUGCUGUUCAUGGCCACAACAAUGUCUUCAAUGCUACUAUUUUUCCUCAUAAUGUUGGCCUUGGAGCCACCAGGGACCCUGAGCUUGUGAGGAAAAUUGGAAGUGCAACUGCACUUGAAGUUAGAGCUACAGGAAUUCCAUAUGUUUUUGCACCUUGUAUUGCGGUUUGUAGAGAUCCAAGAUGGGGUAGAUGCUAUGAAAGUUAUAGUGAAGAUCCUAAGGUUGUUCAAGCAAUGACUCAGAUAGUACCUGGUUUACAAGGAGACCUUCCACCUGGCUCCCCAAAGGGUGUUCCCUUUGUUGCUGGAAAAACAAAAGUUGCAGCUUGCGCCAAGCACUACGUUGGGGAUGGAGGAACAACAGAUGGGAUAAAUGAGAACAAUACAAUGAUAAGCAGAGAUGGUUUGCUCAGAAUCCACAUGCCUGGCUAUUAUAACUCCAUCAUCAAGGGAGUCUCAUCUGUCAUGGUCUCUUACUCCAGCUGGAAUGGAGUUAAGAUGCAUGCUAACCGCGACAUGGUCACCGGCUUUCUCAAGAAUACUCUUCGCUUCCGGGGGUUCGUUAUCUCCGAUUGGCAGGGUAUCGACAGGAUCACCUCGCCGCCACACGCUAACUACACAUUUUCCAUCCAAGCAGGAAUUAGUGCCGGCAUUGACAUGAUUAUGGUUCCAUUCAACUACACAGAAUUCAUCGACGGUCUGACAUACCAGGUGAAGAGUGGCAUUAUUCCCAUGAGCCGGAUUGAUGAUGCUGUACAAAGAAUUUUGCGCGUCAAAUUCGUGAUGGGUCUGUUCGAGAACCCAUAUGCAGAUGAGAGUCUGGUAAACCAACUGGGAAGUCAGGAGCAUAGAGAAUUGGCUAGAGAAGCUGUCAGGAAAUCACUUGUGCUACUAAAGAAUGGUAAAUACGCUGAUAAGCCAUUAUUGCCCCUUCCCAAGAAAGCUACAAAAAUACUUGUCGCUGGCAGCCAUGCUGAUAAUCUCGGUUAUCAGUGCGGUGGGUGGACAAUCGAGUGGCAAGGACUUAGUGGCAACAAUCACACAAGUGGUACCACAAUACUUACAGCUAUUAAGAAUACUGUUGAUUCAAGCACGAAAGUCGUCUACCAAAAAAACCCUGACGCAGAUUUUGUCAAGUCCAACAAGUUCUCCUAUGCCAUUGUUGUAGUAGGUGAAACUCCAUAUGCAGAAACACUAGGUGACAGCAUGAACCUGACGAUAGCUGAACCCGGCCUAAGCACCAUUCAGAAUGUUUGUGGAGUUAUAAAAUGUGUUGUAGUCGUUGUCUCUGGCCGUCCAGUUGUAAUCGAGCCAUAUGUCAACCAAUUGGAUGCUCUUGUUGCUGCUUGGCUUCCCGGAACAGAAGGUCAGGGUGUUGCUGAUGUUCUAUUUGGUGACUAUGGUUUCACAGGCAAGCUCUCACGAACAUGGUUCAAAAAUGUUGAUCAGCUGCCAAUGAAUGUUGGUGAUCGACAUUAUGACCCUCUUUUCCCUUUCGGAUUUGGCCUCACUACUGAGCCUGUCAAAGCUUAGAAGCAUUUUUGUAACACGUCGCACAUGCAUUAGCUCAAACAAAAAUUAUAUUUUCAUUGGCUAUGCAA